AUGUCAAGUAUUCGCUCUUUGACCAUUGCUGUUUGUCUCGCUUUUAUUUACGUAAAAGCUACCUAUGGUGCGGAGUGUUGGUCCAAAAAUGCUUGUAUAGACACGAGUGUGUGCGCAUCGAAAGGUGGAAGUUCUCAACGCGGUCUUUGCAGUGGUGCUAGCAACAUUCAAUGUUGUUCAUGCUCAAAUUGUAUGGAUGCAACUACUUGUAAAGCCCGAGGAGGUGUAUCUCAUACUGGCAUUUGUUCCGGUGCAGCAAAUAUGCAAUGUUGCAAAAUGGGAUCUGUUGUAGAACCUGUUAGUGGUACUACACCAACAAACCGAAUGUUAACCGACUUAGCUGAUAUCCUUCGUGGAGCUGGUCUUACUGUUGUUGAAGUCGAUGGUUGGAAAACACGUGGUCAUGGAAUAAUGGCUUCAGCUAAAGGCAUUUUGAUUCAUCAUACAGCUGGUCCAGCUUCAGGUGAUUUUCCUUCGUUAAGAGUUGUUCGCGAUGGACGAACAGAUCUUCCCGGUCCACUUUCCCAACUUGGCUUAGGCCGUACUGGAACAUGGUAUGUCAUCGCUGCCGGUCGUUCGUAUCAUGCUGGUGAAACAAUUGACAAUUCCAUAUUUGGCAAUUCCAAUGCAAUUGGUAUCGAAGCUGAAGCGACAGGUGUUCCAUCAACGAAUACUGGACAUGCUCACUGGCCAGAUGUGCAAUACCAAAGUUAUAUUCGUGGUGUUAAAGCUCUUCAAGCUGCCUAUGCUAUUCCAACUUCGCGUGUACUAGGUCACAAGGAAGCUGCCGUACCUGCUGGACGCAAGCCAGAUCCAAACUUUUCUAUGGAUGAAUUUCGUGCUGCUCUCAACCAAUAA